GCCCGGGGCGCGGUGCUGACGGCGCCCUGAGCGCGCCAUGCCCAGCAGGACGGGCCCCAAGAUGGACGGGAGCGGCGGCCGCGUCCGCCUCAAGGCGCACUACGGCGGGGACAUGCUGAUCACCAGCUUGGACGCGGCAACCACCUUCGAGGAGCUCUGCGCGGAAGUGAGAGAGAUGUGCAGCCUGCACCCGGGGCAGCCGCUCACCCUCAAGUGGGUGGACAGCGAAGGGGACCCCUGCACUGUGUCCUCCCAGAUGGAGCUGGAGGAGGCCUUCCGCCUGUCCCAUCAGCACGGGAACGACGGGCUCAUCAUUCACGUGUUCCCGAGCGUCCCCGAGCGGCCCGGCCUGCCUUGCCCUGGAGAAGACAAAUCCAUCUACCGCCGCGGCGCCAGAAGAUGGAGGAAGCUGUACCGCGCCAACGGCCACCUCUUCCAAGCCAAGCGCUUUAACAGGAGAGCGUACUGCGGCCAGUGCAGCGAGCGGAUAUGGGGCCUCGCACGGCAGGGCUACAGGUGCGUCCACUGCAAACUGCUGGUCCAUAAACGCUGCCACGUCCUCGUCCCGCUGACCUGCAAGAGGCAUAUGGAUUCUGUCAUGCCUUCCCAAGAACCCGCAGUAGAUGACAAGGACGACGACGUGGACCUUCCUUCCGAGGAGACCGAUGGCAUUCCUUACAUCCCUUCCUCCCGGAAACGCGACGGCGUUAAAGAUGAUUCUGAGGACCUCAAGCCAGUCAUCGACGGGAUGGACGGAAUCAAAAUUUCUCAGGGGCUGGGGCUGCAGGACUUCGACCUCAUCAGGGUCAUUGGGCGUGGGAGCUACGCCAAGGUCCUCUUGGUGCGGCUCAAGAAGAAUGACCAGAUCUACGCCAUGAAGGUGGUGAAGAAGGAGCUGGUGCACGACGACGAGGACAUCGACUGGGUGCAGACGGAGAAGCACGUGUUCGAGCAGGCGUCCAGCAACCCCUUCCUGGUCGGCCUGCACUCCUGCUUCCAGACGACCAGCAGGUUGUUCCUGGUCAUAGAGUACGUCAAUGGCGGGGACCUCAUGUUCCACAUGCAGAGACAGCGGAAGCUUCCAGAGGAGCACGCCAGGUUCUACGCCGCUGAGAUCUGCGUCGCGCUCAACUUCCUGCACGAGAGGGGGAUCAUCUACCGGGACCUGAAGCUGGACAACGUCCUCCUCGACGCCGAUGGCCACAUCAAGCUGACGGACUACGGCAUGUGCAAGGAAGGCCUGGGCCCCGGUGACACCACGAGCACUUUCUGCGGGACCCCGAAUUACAUCGCCCCGGAAAUCCUGCGUGGGGAGGAGUAUGGGUUCAGCGUGGACUGGUGGGCGCUGGGCGUCCUCAUGUUUGAGAUGAUGGCCGGGCGCUCCCCCUUCGACAUCAUCACCGACAACCCCGACAUGAACACCGAGGACUACCUGUUCCAAGUGAUCCUGGAGAAGCCCAUCCGCAUCCCCCGCUUCCUCUCGGUCAAAGCCUCCCACGUCUUGAAAGGAUUUUUGAACAAGGACCCCAAAGAGAGGCUUGGCUGCCGGCCACAGACGGGAUUUUCCGACAUCAAGAGCCACGCGUUCUUCCGCAGCAUAGACUGGGACCUGCUGGAGAAGAAGCAGGCGCUGCCGCCCUUCCAGCCGCAGAUCACCGAUGACUACGGCCUGGACAACUUCGACACGCAGUUCACCAGCGAGCCCGUGCAGCUGACCCCUGAUGACGAGGACGCCCUGAAGAGGAUCGACCAGUCGGAGUUCGCGGGGUUCGAGUACAUCAACCCGCUGCUGCUGUCCACCGAGGAGGCCGUGUGAGGCAGCCCGCGCCACGGCCACGCCUGUGCACGCCCGCCCUCCUUCCCCACAGCGCACGCGUGCCGGCGGGGGCGCCGCUGCCGCUGGGGCCACGCCCGGACGGCCGGGCGCCUCGGGACAGGACAGCCUCCCGGCCGCCCACAAGGCAGCUUCGUGCCGGAGGACUCUGCUCCUUGUGCCUGCGUCGCGGAGGCCCCACGGCGGCCACGUCCGAGGGAGACACGGUCCCACGAUUCCGAAGGUGCACACUUUCCACAGACACAGAACUGACCCGCUCCACCGGGAGACUUACCUGUAAUGUCCUGGGAAUAAAACGUGCCGAUGGUGUA